AUGGCGCAAGUGUUGCGUGGAGAAAAUUGGCUGCCAAUUCGACCCGGUUUUGAUGUAUUGUAUCAUUAUAGGAACUUCUAUAACCAACCAAAAGGCGGUGCACCGGGUCUCACUGGUUUAAUAAGCGAUCAUGGUGAGAAAUGGAAGCGACUGCGCUCUUUAGUUAACCCUAUCAUAAUGCAUCCAGAUAAUAUAAAACUGUACGAUGAGCCCAUUGGUGAAGUUGCUAAGGAUUUGGUCCAAAGAAUAAAGGAUUUAAGAGACCGAGAGGGAAUGAUAACAGAAAACUUCGAUUAUUUAAUGUACCUUUGGGCCUUGGAAUCUGUCAGUGUUGUGGCCUUAGGAAGACGAUUGAAUACCUUCAAUGAAAACUUGGAAUCAGAUUCAGUAGCACGACGUCUAAUAACACUUAUUCAUGAGUUUUUUGCAAUAUCUGAAGACAUAGAUAUCAAGCCAAGUCUAUGGAGAUAUUAUCCAACGCCCGCUUUUAAACGAGCUAUGAAAGUAUUUUCCGAAAUAGACAGUAUUACAAGAAGUUUAGUACUGAAAGCAAAAGAUGAAUUAAGCCAAAGGGGUCAUAGUGACGAUGAUAAAAAGGGUGUUCUGGAAAAACUACUCGAAGUGGAUGAAAAAAUUGCCCUCAUUAUGGCUGGCGAUUUACUGUUUACUGGCGUUGAUACGGUUGCAAAUACCAUGAGUUGCGUCUUAUACCUUCUUGCAAGCCAUCCUGAAAAACAGAUCACACUGCGACAGGAAGUUAAUUCUGGAGACGAAAAAAAGUAUUUUCUAAAGGCCUGCAUCAAGGAGUCUUUAAGAGUAAUGCCAGUUGCUGGUGGAAACAUCAGACAGUGUACAAAGGAGUAUAAUCUUUUAGGAUACGAAAUACCAAAAGAUAUGUUCGUAGUAUUUCCUCACCAGUAUCUUUCGAAGAUGGAAAGUCAGUACCCCAGAGCUAAUGAAUUUAUUCCCGAAAGAUGGUUGGUUGACAAGGAUCACCCUCUGUAUCACGGAAAUGCACAUCCAUUUGCAUACAACCCUUUCGGAUUUGGCGCAAGAAUUUGUAUAGGUCGUCGUAUAGCGGAGUUAGAGUUAGAAAGUUUACUUUCAAAAAUUAUACAAAACUUCGAACUCGAAUGGAGAGGUCUACCACCGACCAUGUACCAAAGUUCACUGAACUAUUUCAAAGGACCUUUCAACUUUGUUUUUAAAGAUAUUAAAUAA